AUGAUAUCCCCCUACACUAAAGUCGAAGAGUCCUUCAAUCUGCAAGCUAUACAUGACUUGGUUAAUUAUGGAAUUCGUGAUUUACAUCACUUUGACCACAAAGAGUUUCCUGGCGUCGUGAAACGUUCAUUUGUUGGGCCACUGAUGGUAUUUAUAGCAUCCAAGCCUUUGUUGACAAUUAUUGACAUUUUUGAUGCUUGGAUCAGUCCAGCAUCAUCAUUUUAUCACAAGGAUACGCAAUUAGUACGCCAAUUAACGGUGAGAUUCGUGCUUGGGCUAUUAAAUUUGAUCAGCUUUAUAAAACUGCGAGAAGCGAUUUCUAAGAAUGCUAGAUUGUCUCUGCAGGGCAAACAGAUUCAACUUUGGUUCUCCAUUCUUCAAUUUUCCCAAUUCCACUUCUUUUAUUAUGCAUCACGUACACUACCAAACUUUGUCGCGAUGCCCAUGGUUAGUACAGGUAUCUCAUGGGUUCUGCAGGGACACACUAUAUCUGGCAUCUCCCUUAUCAUAGCAACCGGUAUCAUUUUAAGAAUUGAGAUUUUAGCAUUUGGCAUUUUAUUUUACAUAAUAGCGAUUGCAUUAAGGGAGUUGAACUUAAGAAACACCUUGCCCAAAAUAUUGACAACGUCAAUCAGUGCAUCCCUGGUGACGAUGCUCGUCGAUACAUAUUUUUGGCAAGACCCUUCUUUUCCCGAAGUUGAAUCGUUUUACUUCAAUGUGAUAAAAGGCAAAUCGGCACAAUGGGGAACUGAACCUUUCUAUACCUAUUUCACCAAGUAUAUUCCUAAGCUCUUUGUUCUACCAAUGGUCCCAGUCUUGGCACUUUUCGGAUUGUUCGUACCAUCAUAUCACUCAACUAAAGCUAAGAUCAUCAUUUUUUCCUCUUGCACGUAUAUAUUACUGAUGUCGAUUCAAUCACACAAGGAAUGGAGGUUCAUCGUUUAUUCUUUACCAGGGAUUUUAUUGUCAGCCUCUUGUUUCCUUGCCAAAAUCGAACCAAGAACAAGAUUGCUGAAGAGUAUAAUGUUUGCGGUAGUUUGUUUGGUGGUUUCGGUCUCCUACAUCUUUAGCAUUUUUGCUGGUUUUGUUUCAAGUUUCAACUAUCCCGGUGGUUAUGCACUGCAGUUGUUGAAUGACAGGUUAUCCACUGCCAUGAUCUCGUAUCCAAGCAACAAUCCGAUCAUGAUACAUUUGAAUGUGAAGUCUCGUAUGACAGGAGCUAGUUUAUUUGGUGAAAUCAAGUCCAAUCUGCUGAUUUAUGACAAGACUGAAGAUGAAUUUAAAUUGAAUGACAGAAAAUUUUGGCAACAAUUCUCGUACGUGAUAUCCGAUUGUCCUCUUGAAUCAUGUUCUGCUCGUCUUCUUGAGAGUGAUACGUGGAGAUUGAUUGACAUCGUAGAAGGGUUCCACAGCCUUGACAAGCAACGAGUGGUAGAGGAUCUGAGACUAUCUUUGCAAACACCUGCUGGAUCCAUCAGCUUCAUUACUCAGAUGAUCAAAAGCCACAACUUACAGUUUCUCAUUGAUCUGUCUCGAAGAUAUAUCACCCUAUACCCAGCACUUUAUGUAUACCGCAACAUGGAUAUUGACAGUUCUUCCAACUCUCUGGUCGCCAAAAGCUUAUAA